GGAGGUGGAGUCUCGAGGUGGGGAGGGAGAAGAAAGGGGAGAGGAGGAAAACGGGGAAAGGCAGAAACAGCAAAACAGAGAGGACGGUGGAUGAUUUAUGCUUUGAAAGUUGUAUUACGGCAGGGUCAAAGAGUUCCGGCGAAGAGGAAUACAACAAGAUGAUAACGCCAUUCUUCCUGGAGAAUUUCUGGGGGGAAAAAAAUAAUGGCUUCGACGUGCUCUACCAUAACAUGAAGCAUGGCCAGAUUUCCUCGAAGGAGCUGACAGACUUCAUCAGAGAAAGGAGUACCAUUGAAGAGGCCUAUGCCAGGUCAAUGACCAAACUUGCGAAGUCAGCUGGCAACUUCUCUCAGCUUGGGACGUUUGCUCCAAUGUGGGACGUGUUCAAGAGCUCGACGGAGAAGCUGGCCAGCUGUCACAUGGAGCUCGUGAGGAAACUACAGGAGCUUAUAAAAGAGGUCCAGAAGUAUGUGGAAGAGCAGGCCAAAGCACACAAAAAGACAAAAGAAGAGGUGGCGUCCACGCUGGAGGCCGUCCAGAACAUCCAGACCACAUCUCAGGCUCUGCAGAAGUCCAAGGAGAUCUACAAUACCAAAACAGUGGAGCAGGAGCGGCUCCGCAAAGAAGGGGCCACCCAGAGAGACGUGGACAAGGCUGGAGUGAAAGCCAAAAAAGCCACAGAGACCUACAAAGCAUAUGUGGAGAAAUAUGCCACAGCGAAGUCCGACUUUGAACAGAAGAUGGCCGAAACAGCACAGAAAUUCCAAGACAUUGAAGAAAGCCACGUUCUCCACAUGAAGGAGAUCAUUAGGUCAUACUCGCAGUCAGUCGACGAAACACACAUUCAAAUAGGAGAGCUGCACAGGGAAUUUGUGAGGAACAUUGAGAACACCUCCGUGGAGAGCUUAAUACACAAACUGGCUGAGAGCAAAGGAACGGGCAAGGAAAGACCAGGGCCCAUUGAGUUUGAAGAGUGCAACACAGCUAUUGCUACUGAAGGCGCUAAACCCAGAAAGCGAAAACCAUUUGGCAUCCCAGGUCGUAGGAAAGACAAGGACACAGACUCAACGGAGUCGACAGAAGUUGAAGCUGCUAACACUGCCAACGGCGCUCCCCCUGGAUACUAUGGGGCCAUAGACAUCCAGAACGCUAAUGUUCCCCAAGUUGAUGCAGAGGGUUUCUGUAUCAGACCAGAAGCAAAUGAAAAUGAUGCCAAAGAGAAUUCCUUCUAUUCGUCCAGCGACUCAGAGGACGAGGAUGAACCCAGGAAGUUCCAUGUAGAAAUCAAGCCCGUCCAGCCAAACAACGGCACGCACCAGAACCGAGCCACCAUUGACGAGCUGAAAGCCUCCAUUGGAAACAUCAUCCUCUCACCCUCGACCUCGGGACAGAUGCGGAGGAACCAGUCCAGGAUCACAGGAGUAUCUGCAUUAAGCUCUAAAGCUAAGGGUCCUGGUGACGAGCUGGCAAAACCCAGAGUGCCAACGUCUUACGAACUGACAAACAACGACCUUCUGUCUCUGGACCCGCUAAGCCCCACUCUAGUUGCUGGCUCCGCCUCAUCUGUGUCCACAUCAGCAGACCUUGCAUCUGUUUUCCUUUCAAUCCCUCCAUCUCCGUCUUCUUUGAUGAAUGAGUCAGACGUCUUUCUGCCAGAGGCAUCAGCUGAGACGGUGCCACAACAGGAGCGGUCGUCUCUUGUGGCAGAAAGCCACCAAUCCAAAGACGUCUCCUCUUUCUCCUCAACCACAUCCUCGCCGUGGGACUCACCAGAAAACACUUUCCAGGCACCCAAGCCGGUGCCAGCACGGGCCCAGAGCGCCCCCAUCACCCUGCCAACAGAGCCCAUUGACCCCAUCAGAAGCCCGCCUGCUGCCAGCCCCCCAAAGAGCGUCGAUGCCUUCUCCUCCGUGUCCUGGUCCCAAAGCCAGUGGGUUGCGUUCAGCGACGUCUUCACUCCACCUCGCCCUCAGGCCUCAGGGUCGUGUGUGAAGGACCAGCAGAGGCCGCAGUCCAACUCUGGCAGGACAAGUCGCUUCUUCUCUGAUGAUUCUGCCGACACACACGGCAAAGCAGCAGCAGCAGCAGCAGACAGCAGAGAAGACAGCAGCUUGGGUUUCUCUGAUGUCUUCUCUGGGAUUACAGAUAAGACGAUGGGUGCAGCUCCACCAAGCAAAGUAGUAAAUGUGCCGGUUCCGCACCGACCUACGACACCGCUGACAGCUGGAGCCCUGGUGCCCCCACCACGACCCUCCUCCAGACCCAAACUCCCUACUGGGAAACUCACAGGAAUCAACGAGAUUGUACGACCUUUCAGCCCGCCCAAAACGUCCAACGCCAGUCCUCCUCCUGCCGCACCCCUUGCCCGGGCAGAAAGUUCCUCUUCCUUGUCCUCGAAUGCCUCGCUCAGCGCUGGCAACACCCCCACUGUCGGAGCUGAGCACAACUUUGCUCACCCCCUCUACUCCCCAGAGCCAGAGCUGCUCUCCCUUUCUCCUUUUUUUCUACUAAGCCAAAGGACGUCUCGCGGUCCCAGCCCUGUGACCCUGGCAUCCCAAGAUGCUUUGCCCAUUGCUGUGGCCUUCACCGAGUCAGUUAAUGCCUACUUCAAAGGAGCUGAUCCCUCAAAGUGCAUUGUGAAGAUCACAGGAGACAUGACUCUGUCGUUCCCCACGGGCAUCAUCAAGGUGUUCACCAGUAACCCCUCGCCGGCUGUCCUCACCUUCAAACUGAAGAACAUCAGCAGGCUGGAGCAGAUCCUCCCCAACCAGCAGCUGGUUUACAGUGAUCCUUCCCAAAGUGACUCGGAUUCCAAGGACUUCUGGUUCAACAUGCAAGCACUGACGUCCUACCUCAGAAAAGCCUUAGAUCAGACUCCAUCAGCUUCCUACUAUAAUGUGGACAUCCUAAAAUACCAGGUGUUGUCUGAUGGGAUCCAUUCCACUCCCCUGAACCUGGCCGUGUACUGGAAGUGCGCAGCAACUACCACGGAUUUGAGGGUCGAUUAUCGCUACAACCCCGACUCCAUGGCCUCUCCUGGACCUCUCACCAACGUACAGAUCUUAGUGCCUGUUGACGGAGGGGUCACCUCCAUGCAGUCUCUGCCCAACUCCAUGUGGAAUUCAGAGCAGAACAAGUGUUUGUGGAAGCUUGGUGACAUCUCAGAAAAGACUGAAAAUGAAGGUGCCGGAUCUCUGAGGGCCAAGUUUGAGUUGUCGAGUGGCCCGACAAACCCGUCCACUCUGGCCGUGCAGUUCAUGAGUGAAAGCAGCACUCUGUCUGGAGUGGACAUGGAUUUACUGGGGAGUGGAUACAGACUUUCCCUUAGCAAGAAGAGAUUUGCCACAGGACGAUAUAUGGCAGACUGCUGAAGCGUCCCACCUCUCAGAUUCACACACAAAUUAGCAGCUUCGAAAGACGUCCUGCACCUCUGGACCCACCUGAGCACAGCUGUGCAUUUGCUCAGGAGGCAAAAAUCUCACUACAAUAAAACAGCACUGAGUAUAUAACACUGUUUAAAAAAAAAAAGAAGAAGAAGAAAGGAAGAAAGAAAAAGAAUAAAAGAAAACUAAGAUGAGCUUUCAGGAACUGUGUAGAUAUGAAGUCUAAUAAUGCUCUCUCAUCAGUUCACUUUUGUAUAGUCCGAAACAAUUUAUGGAUUAGAUAUAAAUCUAUAUUGUAUUUGAAAUCAUCAUCAAAAAAAGAAAAAAGUGCACUAACAAUCUUUCACAUGCUUUUUUUCUAAUCGAUUAUUUUUCUUUCCCUUUUCGAGCCGUGUUGAAAUAACCAUAAAAAAACCAUUUAUGUGUGGGAGAGAGGAGGCGUCGCCUUCUUUCCCUCUGAACUGUAAAUAUUAACUUUUCAGCUCUGACUUAACACUCAAAAAAUCAGUUUUGUUGACUGAUGAUUCUCUUUGCCUUCUCACAAUUAGGCUUUUUUGUUUUGUUUCUAUUUGAUCAUGUGCAAUGUCGCCAUGAAGGUAGAAUAACAUCCUUUCCUCUCUCACACUCUUGUGGCACAAACUUCAUCUUUUAAAUUAACGUUAAAGUGCUUUCAAACAAUUGCAAAAAAAAAGAAGAAAGAUCGGACCUCAGUGCCUCCUCGUUGACUGUGGAUCUAUAGGCAAAAAAAGUGCUGCAGUGUCUUACCCAGAUUUGGGUUUUCCCAGAUUUAAGCUACAUUUCUCUGUGGUAAAGAGUUUUUUUUUUUAAAAACAAUCGCCCCCAAUGGGCUCUUAAAAAGUCAUAGUUUGUCUUUUCUAAUUCUUAUUCUUAAUUAAAUAAAAACAGCUCCGCAUCUCGACUGUAAAACAUUGUGUCAAAUGUUAGAUGCUUUUUAAAAAAAAAAAAAAUAAAUCAAGGGACAUCGGCCCCAAAGUUGUAGCUUUUUUUAAAAAACUGGCAGUGAGUGUUUUUAAUCGUACAUUUGUGCCCGAGGACGUGCCUGAAUCUUCUUAACUUCUCUCUUCAUGUUUUGUAUACUACAGCACAACUAAUGAGAAUAGCACCAACAUUGUGCCAGUUCUGUUAUUUUUACUCUGUUAUUUGGAUACUGAAGGGAACGUGUUCUGUCUUUUUAUUACAAACUGUCUUCCACCAACGAAUCAAGUCACGUUUGGAUCCCGUUCGAUCUCAUUUCUUUCUCUUUUCCCUCGCGUAGCACGUUAAAGGCCAAAUGAAUGAUCGAAAUGCCUUAUCGCGCCUCGUCAGCACUGUGUGAUCCGGUGUCAUUACUGUAAAGACAGUGUUUCCAGUUCCCUGUGAUAGAUUACUAAUCUAUUCUGCCGCUCGCACACUGAAUGCUGGGAUUAGCGUUUGCCUCUUGCAACUAUGAAGCGGGUGCAGGAAAUGGAUGGAUGGAAAAAAUGGCAAUGUUUGACUCUCGCUGCUUCCUCGUUGUCUUUUAACGAACAGAGAGCGGCUGCUGAAGCUGUCGAGGCCGUCUUACUCCUAGGUGCAGUAGUUAUUUGUCACUUUUAGGACAUGUUGUCAUGGAUCUCAUGCUUGCAAUGAUCCUGAAAUUGGUUGAUGGUAUGUGGCAUGUGUGCAGAUGCAAUAAAUGGCCUGGAAGCUGUGAUAGAAAAUCGGCGCACCCUUUUAUGAAGAGGGAGGAGUUUCAUACAGUCUCUCAAACUCGCAGUUUUAUCCUCAGUGACACAAAACGUGACUCAUUCAGCGUCUCAUAUCUGGUGCAUAAUCAAACAUUCUUAAUGUUUCUAAUGUCUGUAUGAUGCUCUCCGGAAAAUUCAAGCCUUUAAAGAAAAAAGUCGGAUAUUUUCUGUCUGCUGAACCUAAAUCUGCCAAAUAUUUGGUAGUUGGAUGAGUUUACAUGAAAUCCUAAAAUUGUAGUAUUAGGCGUUUGUA